AUGUCGUAUGUCGGUGCCGUUAGUGAAUACAACCAACACAGGACCAUUCCACAAAGCAAGGAAAACGUCGAGUCGCGUAAUGACCGGAUGAGGAUAUUCGGAGCCAGAAUCAAUAGCCGCCUUCAGGCUAUGAUAGAGGAGUACGAAGAUAAAAUUCGAGAAUGUACUAUGAGACUUGAUGGAAUGGCAAUGGCUACGCAAUGGUCCCACGGGGACACCAAUGUCGAAAUAGCGCUGGCAACGGGACGUGAUUCACGACACAUGCGAUCUAUCGCUGUAGUGACAAUGGUGUUUCUCCCAGGGACAUUCUGUGCGAGCGUUUUCUCCAUGCAGUUCUUUAACUGGUUUCCUGGUGACGACGGCAAUACCGUGGUCUCACGUUACUUCUGGAUAUACAUCUUGUUCACUAUAGUAUUGACCCUACUAACGCUUGGGAUCUGGUACUACGUGUCAUGGAGGGAGAAGCAACAGAAGCAGCAUAAUAUUGAUACGCAAGAAGAUACGCAUGUUUAG